AUGGCGCCCUCAGCAACAGAGCUCAAUGGUAAUUCGUCGAAAGUAAAAAGUGUGGCACUACAUAUUGAAGGCCGCGAAGAUCACGAUUUAGUGUUAAGAACAUUUCGUGUGCUUAUUGCAGAUCUGGUUCAACAUUAUAAUGGUGGCCAUCCUGGUGGUGCCAUGGGCAUGGCUGCCAUCGGAGUUGCCCUAUGGGCAUACAUGAUGAAGUACUCUCCAGAAAAUCCUGCUUGGUUCAAUAGAGAUAGAUUUAUCUUGUCGAAUGGGCACACAUGUUUAUUUCAAUACGUCUUUCUGCAUCUGACCGGCUAUAAACACAUGACGAUGGACCAAUUGAAAACAUAUCACUCCUCAUCUAGGUACUCUUUCUGCCCUGGGCAUCCAGAAAUCGAGCAUGAAGGCAUAGAGGUAACCACAGGGCCGCUGGGACAAGGAAUCGCAAACGCUGUUGGUCUGGCUAUGGCCACGAAGCACCUCGCAGCGACGUACAAUAAACCGAACUACGAGAUCGUGAACAAUACCACCUGGUGUAUGACUGGGGAUGCUUGCUUGCAAGAAGGUGUAGGAUUGGAAGCUAUAUCGUUGGCUGGCCACUGGAAACUCAACAAUCUGGUCCUCAUCUUUGACAACAACAAUGUGACUUGCGAUGGUAGUGCCGAUAUUGCGAAUACGGAAAACAUCAACGCCAAAAUGGCGGCAAGUGGGUGGAAUGUUAUCGAGAUAUUGGACGGAUCAAAUGACAUUGAGGGGAUCGUUGCUGCUCUGAACACUGCAAAAGCCAGCAGGGACAAGCCGACUUUCAUCAAUUGCCAUACGAUCAUCGGCAUCGGUAGUGCAGUUGAAGGAGAUGCAAAAGCUCAUGGUGCUGCUUUUGGAGAGGAGGAUGUGAUGAGUAUACACAGAAAAUUUGGGUUUGAGGCUGAUGAGAGGUUUAGCGUUCCCAAAAAGGUCUACAACUUCUUCCAGAAACUGUCCUUACCGCGUGGCAGAAAACUGGUUAGUGAAUGGGAGAAAUUGAGGUCCAACUACUGCGACGCGUAUCCUGAGUUGGGUGCCGAGCUGUUGGCAAGAAUCACCGGAGACCUUCCGCACAAUUGGGAAGACCUCAUUCCAAAAUCCUUUCCAGCCUCUGCAACGGCAUCACGAAAGUCUGCAGGACUGGUGUGCAACCCAUUGGCACAAAAUAUACCCUCGUUCAUGGUCGGUACUGCGGACUUAUCGCCAAGUGUAUACAUGAGUUGGCCCGGAAAGGUGGACUUUCAAAGUCCUGAUCUUAAAACAACUUACGGCAUCAAUGGAAACUAUGGUGGAAGAUACAUUCAUUACGGCAUCAGAGAGCAUGCUAUGGCGUCCAUCGCCAACGGAUUGGCAGCCUACAAUCGUGGAACUAUUAUCCCAGUCACAUCAAGUUUCUUCAUGUUUUAUCUGUACGCCGCACCAGGAGUUCGCAUGGGUGCUCUACAAGAACUUCAGGUUAUUCACGUUGCCACACACGACAGUAUUGGGACUGGCGAAGAUGGACCGACUCACCAACCUAUCGAGCUGGCAUCGUUGUACCGCACCAUGCCAAAUAUCCUCUACAUUCGGCCUUGCGACUCGGAAGAGACAGCCGGCGCUUUCAAAGUCGCGGUGCGAGCAAAGCACAGCUCAACAAUCAUCUCGACGUCCCGUCAGAAUCUCCCACAAUACAAGGAGAGCAAUCGUGAGGCUGUUCAAUGCGGUGCUUAUGUAUUCCGAGAAAGAGAAGACGCAACCGUGACCAUGAUUGGUGUUGGUGCAGAAAUGGCCUUUGCAGUUGAUGCCACCGAGGAGCUUGAAAAGGACGGAAUCAAAGUUCGAAUCGUCAGUUUCCCGUGUCAGCGUCUUUUUGAGCAGCAAAGUCGUGAGUACAGACGUGCGACGUUACAAAGCAAAAAGACGGUUGCUGUGGUUGUGGAAGCUUAUGCAGCAAAUGGAUGGGAGCGAUAUGCUAAUGCCAGCAUUUCAAUGAAGACGUUUGGAAAGAGUUUGCCUGGAAAGGAAGCGUAUAAAUACUUCGGCUUCGAUAGCUUGGCGAUUGCCAGAAAGAUCAAAUCGUACUUGGAGGAUUUAAAGCAUGAGCGAAUUUGGAAAGACGAAUUAUAGAAUUGUAGGGUUGUGUUUACGAUCCAAAACGGACUUCUAUGCUGAC